AUGUCUCUCAUCGAUACUGAUCACCACUUUGUCCCCGAGUUCUACGCUCAAGCUGUCGAAGAAGCCGGGGGCGACCCUUCUGGCUGGCCGACACCUUCCUGGUCGUCCGAGGGCGCAACCGCCUUCAUGGAUAAAAACGGCAUAACCAAGGCAAUCUUAUCCCUGGUUGCUCCAGGAGCAGUCAUCGCCCCAACGACCGAGAAGAGAAGAGUACUAGCCCGCAAGGCAAACGAAUUUGCCGCUGCGAGACGUGAUGAAGAUCCCAAUCGAUGGGGCUUUUUCUCAACUCUGCCAUGCCUUCUCGAUACCGAAGGCGCUUUGGCAGAAAUCGAAUACGCUCUUGACGUGUUGAAGGCCGAGGGUGUCACUCUAUUUACACGAUAUGGCGAAGGGAACCAGUAUCUGGGUCAUCCAGAUUUCAAGCCUAUCUGGGAAGAAAUUGAACUCGAGAAAGGCCGUGGUGUUUAUUCACCCUACCCAUCCCGCUGA